UGUUUGGUGGGAGUCCACCCAUGCCAUCACAGGCCGUUCCCAGUGCACCGUGCCCCACUAUGCUGGUCGGUAAAGGCACGGCCGAUCAAUACAAAGGUAAACAAUCACCAGGUGAUUGAACAACAACUCACACAGAACAUCAUGGGGAAUAACAACGCUUGUGGUGGUGAGAGCUGUGCCGGGAGACCACGAGGAAAUACCUUGAUCUGAGACACAGAAAGCGGAGGUCAUGCAACGCGAAACCGGAGAUGCCAUUCCUCGACCAUGUUCAGAACCUAAUCAGCCUACAUUUCUCAAGAUGUGAAGAAGGGACACUUUAGAGAUACUUCUUCCUUGUUUCAACAUGGCGUCCAAUAGAGACCAUUUGAGCUUGAAAAAGAAACGUAAUGAAGAGAUUAAAUCUCUGUUGGGUCCCUGUAUGAUAAGCUUCGCCAUCCCCCUGUUUAUACCUGGAUUGACCAUUACCCUCGUGGCCUUUAGUGAUGAGACUGGAUUUUCGAAAUAUGGAACUUUACAUGUCGUAGGCAUCCUUAUAUUAUCAGCAGCGUGUGUUUUAUUGGUGGUAGGGUGUGUUAUCAAGUGCACGUGUAAGUCUAAAGUGUUUCCUAUGAUGCAAGUUGCUUCUCAUAAAGUAACGACUCAUGAAAAACCAAAACAAAUGAUAGGCGUGACCUUAACCAGAGAUCGAUUACCUCCCUUGAAUCAUGGUCCACUUCCAGGAGGGUCUUCCAUACCACGUGACCAUGUAUCCAGAGUCCCAGCAAGGAGCUUACCUACAACCGAUUCAGGGAGUGAUUCUGGAGACAUGACAGUUUCUGCCUCGGAGGACGAUCAAGACUCUCCUCAUUUGGAGCCGACUAAUUUCGAUGGGCUUCCAGCUAACAAUUUCAUGUUGGAACCGUCCAAUAACAACAUUGAUAAAACAAAAUCUGGGCGAAAAGAAACAGCUAUAUUGAUAGAAAAUACGGACUCCAGUAAGUCUUAUGGUGUAACGAACACUACAAGUGCUCUGCAAGUUCAAAAUGCAGCGUUUCUAAUGGAAGAUGAGAGACAAUCAACCAAGGCGAACCUUGCAUGUCCUUCCUACACAGACUUACGGCAUAAUGGCCGAGAACACAGGACAUCAGAUGCCAGGGACACCCCAUCGGAGCAAGGCCGUCAGGUAUCUCCAGAGAUGGAGACGCGAUUGCGGAAACCAGCGAGUGGCUGGCUUUCGAGGCAGUCCGACGACAGGUUGAUGGUGGCUUCGAAGAUUUCAUCUGAAACUCUCUCCCACUCGGAAUCAUCAGAGGUUACCGACGACCGUGAUGCUGAUGACGAUGACGAUGACGACGCAACGCUCACUGAAGCGUCACGAAACUGCAGCACUGUGCCGGAGAUAGCUGAUCUAGACCGGGAUGAUACUGUGGAGGUCGAUAGGUUUAAUAAUGUAUGGAGGGGAGAGAGUCAGAACUCUGUUGAAAUAUCCAGCGUGUUGUCGCAGGAAGAGUACUCCGAAGAGUCUCUGUCUGUUGUGUCCAAGGAACAGCUUGAGAUCGCCGAGCCGAGCGGGUCACGGGGUCGAGCGUCCACUGACAGUGCUAUGGAGAGCGGGGGUGACCACUCCAGAGCUCUGUCACGCAGGAUCAGUGACAGACCAGAGGCAAACGGUCGGUUGAUGGAGGAUCUUGAGGGUGGGGGCGAACUACCAAGAUCCCCGUCCCUCAGAGUUAGUGACAGAAUUGAGCCCACAAAUCGGCUUGGGGACGGUCUGGACUGGAGGAGUGCUCAUCCCCGGGCUCUGCCCCGCAGGGUCAGUGACACCAGCUUCCGGUGAUACUUGUGGAGCAGGAAGACUUUAUCCAAAAUGUUCUUAUGUACUUUCAUGCUACGUAUAAAUGCCCCUAUCU